UCAGGUGCCGAUCGACGAUGGCGGCGGCGCGGUCGGAGGCGUCGGGCAAGCUGCCGGCGCUGACGCGGAAGCUGCGCUACACGGGCCUGUUCACCUCGCAGAUGGCGCCCACGUCGCGCGCCUACUGCAUCCUGCUGAGCUUCUUCGUGGGCGUGCUCAUGCUCACCGCCGGCUCCGUGUUCUACCACGUGAUCCUGAUCCGCCCCAUGAGCGGCAGCCACCCCAUGCACACGCCGCCGCUGCCGCUCGCCUGCGGCCUCAUCCUCGCCGGCGCCGCCACCGUCCUCGGCUCCUUCUUCGUCGCCUGGAGGUACGGCUUCGAUGACGGGGACGACAGCCUUGAGGACGACCUGUACUCCUUCACGAAAGACGACGUCCUCGACCAGUGCCACCAGCAACAACUCCAGCACCACCACCAGCAACUACAACAGCAACAGCAACUGCAACUACAGCACCACCAUCAACAACUACAGCAGCAGCAUCAACUACAGCACCAACAGCAACAACAGCAACAACAGCAACAGAUGCAACAGCAGCAGCAGCACCAUCAGCAGUGUUGCCCUUCUAACAGCAAGAUCCCCCCUGUCUGAGCCUUCUAAGAGGACCUUUCGCUGCUUCAAGACCCUCCCACCUUACUUCAGGUUAACCUCAAGUUCUCUCUCGGUCUCGUGGAUCGCCAUGCACCUCUGGCCUAGCAUUACAGGCAAUGAAUGGUAGUAGAGAGAGGUAGAUAGAUAGAUAGAUAGAUACCUAGAUAGAUAGAUAGAAAGAGAGAGGGAGAGACAGAGGAAAAAAAAGGCAAAUAGGUCAAAGGCUUUCUCUUGACCGACUAUGAAGCUGCUUCGAAAUCUUUCAAAGCUUCCUUAAAAGUUGGAUGGCGUUAAUGGCCAGCCGUUCAUACUUGUGACACGGCGCUUACGGUUUGUAAAGAACCAAGAGAAAUUGUAAAAAUAGGAUUCAAAGAAUCGAGUUUUAAGUCUUACUCUUGGACACAUUUCUAUCAAGUGUAUCGCUGUCAUCGGUAUCAAUAUCAUGAUAAUUUCAUACUCACUUGAAAUUUACAUCAGUCAGAUCACUGACGUUCCUGAGGUAUUAAAUAACACUACUAAUGAACGAGGACAUUUCUCUCUAUUUCAAAACGAAAUACCCAGAAAAAGAAAACAUUUUAUCUCUUCAAAUAAAGAGACUUGACCUGACCUGACCUUUGACCUCGCAGGUCCGUGAUUUCUUUAUUAACACAUCUCAUUUGCCUUUUUUUUUUCUCUCUCUCUCUCUCUCUCUCUCUUUCUCUCUCUCUUUCCUUCUUUCUUACUUUUUUAACAUUUGGUGUAUAACCUGUCAUUGUUCCUGUGAUUGUGGUUAUUUCCUCAUCUGUAUUUGGCGUCUGUGCUUCAUGGGGUGGGAUGCUAGGUAUUCCUAUAUGGCUGUGAAGUAUUCAUAGAAAUAACUGUGGCGAGCAAAAACAUUAACAAGCAAAGGUAAUUCCAAUGGAAUGAAGCGAGGAAGGAAAUGUGAAUGGAAACGGUAAGAAAAAACUGUACUAAAUUGCAUUAGUCUGUAUUCCACUGCAUUCAUCUUGUAUUAAAGAGAGGCGAAUCGAAGGGAGAAGGAGGAAGGAGAACAAUCAUUUCAAUAGGCUCGAUUCUAUCAUGUUUCCGUUCUGGUCUUGACGGGUGAGACGUAAUUCCAUUUUCUUGUCUAGUUUAUUUGCUUGAUUAAUUUAGUUUACAAUUGUGUAAUUAUCAUACUAGAGAGAGAAGAAGAAGAGAGGGAGAGAGAGAGAGAGAGAGAGAGAGAGAUAGAGAGAGAGAGAGAGAGAGAGAAAGAGAGAGAGAGAGAGAGAGAGAGAGAGAGAGAGAGAGGGAG